AUGUCUGCUACAUUUUUUCCCAAACCUGCGGGUCUUCAUUUCUGGGGCAAAGAUGUUCCUUCCUUUGGAUCUUCUAUAAUAUCUGGGAAAUCAAUCUCAAUGCGCUUUAUUUCAAAUGCUAGCCACCAUAAAUUGCACCCUGUUCUUGCAUCAAUUUCUCAUGCUUCUGUUCUUGAUCACUCAUCAACUGAGAGUACUUUGAUAUUGAUUCGUCAUGGUGAGUCUAUGUGGAAUGAGAAGAACUUGUUCACGGGAUGUUGUGAUGUACCAUUAACUAGGAGAGGAGUUGAGGAAGCCAUUGAAGCUGGUAAGAGGAUUAGCUAUAUACCAAUUGAUCUAAUUUUUACAUCUGGGCUAAUCCGAGCGCAGAUGACAGCUAUGCUUGCAAUGACUCAGCAUAUCGAAAAGAAGGUUCCUGUUAUCGUACAUAAUGAGAGUGAACAGGCAACAAAGUGGAGUGGAGUAUACAGUGAAAAAACCACGAAGCAAUCCAUUCCAGUUAUAACAACUUGGCAGUUGAAUGAAAGAAUGUACGGGGAGUUACAGGGUCAUAAUAAGAAAGAGACUGCAGAAAAAUAUGGGAAGGAUCAAGUAUAUGAGUGGCGACGAAGUUAUGAUAUUUCACCUCCCAAUGGGGAGAGCUUGGAAAUGUGUUCACGGAGAGCUGUUGCCUAUUUUAAGGAUUUUAUUGAACCGCAGCUGAAGUCAGGAAAACAUGUGAUGGUUGCUGCUCAUGCGAACUCACUGAGGUCUAUUAUAAUGUAUCUGGAUGGACUGACCUCACAACAGGUCACUAGUUUAGAAUUGUCAACUGGUAUACCAUUACUUUACAUAUAUAAAGAGGGGAAGUUUAAUAGUAGAGGAAGUCCUGUGGGACCUACAGAAGCUGGUGUUUAUGCAUAUACUCAGAGCUUAGCACUUUACAGACAGCAGUUGGAUGAUAUGUCGCAUUGA